AGAAGAAACAAAAAUGGCGGCAAGAACAGGAGUGCGUUGUUUAUUUGGUUCAUAUGUUAAACAAUUUUAUUCUACUUCUCGUUUGUCUAGGACGUUUUACCUGUUUGUACCUAAAUAUGUAUCACAUACCACACAACCAAUGCGAAGUCAUGCACUUUUUAGCAAUGUAUCAUGUAAGUUGAAAUUGCAUAACUUUUGUUAUUUUUGUACAAAUUUUUAUCUCAGGCGUUCGUUGCAGGGGUUUAAAUAGGGUUAAAAUGAAUGUUAAGGUUUUAUUAAGAGAUCAUGACCCGGGAUUUCAAAUUUAAUAUGAACACUUGUGAGGUAGUCCAACCUGUUUAUAUGAGUCUGGUCCUCAGGUUCUGCAGGCUGGCUCGGUUAUGAACAGGAUGUCCGACUACAGUGAAAUACUCAGCGACUACACAGAAUAAUAUGUUUUGACCCACCUACAUCCCCCUAAGCAUUAUUGAGAUGUUUUUCGUGGCUACUUGCAUGAAUAUGGGUCCUAGAGUCACCAACAUUAGCCUGGGUAACCAGGGCCGUAGCAAGACUGAUAAUUGGGGGUGUGUGCAUAUUCAUAUAUUCGUGUUCUGCUUGACUGAUUUCUUUUGAAAUCGAUUGUUUUUACGGUAUGUGAACAUGAACAUAUGAAUAUACAAACCCCCCAAUUAUCACAUCUAGCUAGGGCCCUGUGGGUAAUGUGGCCUAGCACAACAACCCUCUUUGAAUGUGUCCAGUAAAGCAUGAAUUUGCCCUGUGACAACCCAGGCCUACACUAUAUUGACUCAUAAACAAGUUUUUCCUGCCAAUUUUUGCUAAUGCUUAAAAAUUGUACAUUGAUCAUUAACCUUAUCCCCCAUGUUACAAUCCUAGACAAAUAACAUGCGGACGCUGAUUAAAAAUGGCUGAAAUUAAGGCAAUCAAAUAAUUAUACGCAUAUUCAGCUGUAUUCCCCGCUCCCCCCUUAAAAAUAAUUAUACACAUAUUCAGCCGUAUUCCCUGCUCCCCCGUUACAAUGUUGUUGCUACAGAUACCGCAAUAGUUGCCAUAAUGACUGAAGUGUUCAUCAACAUUGUUUCAGGGGAGGGGGGACCGACUUUACGAAGUAUAUAUGAAAAUGUUUCAAAAAAUAAUUUAUUUGCCAUGUUUGUCUGAGUAAAUUUGUCUAUGAUUGUAGGUAUGCUUGUGAAAAUUGUGUUUAUUAUUCUGUUAUUCUCAUUAAUAUGCAGAAAUGUUGUUUGUAUGCAAUAAUCUUUCAGAUAAGAUUCAUAACAGAAAUGCUAGCACAGCAGUGCAAACAGAAGAGUCUGUGUCAGGAUGUCCAAUUUGUAGUAGAAUUUUAACCUUUACAUACAAGGUAUAUAAGUUAAGUGACAUUUUGAACAUAUGGUUUUCAAGGCAUCAACCAGCCAUAAAAAUUAGAGCAACUUAUUUUCUGGGACCAGAAGAGCCUGAGAUUUCUGGUUUAAUCCUGGCUUGUAGUAAUUUCCUAAAUGUAAAAAUUGGCAUUCCAUCCACACCAGAGAGGGGGACAUGAGGACUAUCAAAAUAAACAUCUAGCUAUUCAUGGAUAAAAUAUCAUGAAUGCAACAUUACUUUAUAGGAUGUAUUAUUGCUUGCACAGUUCAUCUCACCAGAAGGAAACAUUUUGAAUAGAAGGAUAACAGGUAAUAAAACAACCAUUUCAUAAAAAAAUCUAAAAAUAAAACAAAUGAAAAGUCUAUUCCACUUUUGCAAUUGUGUACCCCGCCCAUUAAGUUGCAUUGUGCCUGAAUGCACCCUACUUUUAAUUAUCACUUUCCUCUGUCUAAUGCCUGACAAUUAACUAAAUUUUACUUGUCAAAUGAAUCUAAUCUUGUGCACAAAUGAGCUAACUGUAGUUAUUGAGAAAUAUUUACUCAUAGAAUUUAUGGUAUAAAAUAAUCAGGACACUGCCACUGGUAAAAUUUGUUACCACCGAUAAUCUAUUGAUCAGUAAAUGUACUAUCCUACUAUUCUAACAAAAUUUCUGUGCCGUUAUUUAACAGGUGUUUGUAGAAAGCAACAGAGGAAACUUGAAAAAGCAAUUGAAAUAUCGAGGAGAUUGGGUAAGGAUGAACUAACGAAACAUGGGCGGGAGAUUCUCUGCUAGCAUAUGGCACCCAACUGCUAAGUUCAUUAGUUAAAUAUGCCACCAAAGGUUGGGGUACGCAACAGCAACCUUGUACCCAGGAUCUUCCCUCUUGGGAAGGAAAGACCUUGGUAUAGGAGCUGUGUGGUCAUGUGAUGUCUAGGCACAAGGUUACUGUGGAUAUGACAACCCAUGGUCUGACUUGUUGUUGUUGGUCUUAGAUGUUGUUCAAAGGUUUUUCACCAGAUGCCAUCUGGUGCUUGGUUUCCUACCUCACCAAUUACCCUUCUGCCUUCAUUGUGCUGCCAGAUCAGAUCAUGUGCAGUGUUAUAGCUAGGCUGCCUCAAAUCCCUUUCAAAGGGCGUUUCCCAUUUUAAUGGCCGGACCAGUUACACCAGAAUUUGUACACUGUACUUGUAUGAUGGCUACAAUUGGCAGGAUAGUAGUACAAGUAGCAAUCACACACAAUUGGACAUUCUACAGUCUAAUGCAUGUCUUGUUCAUAUUUUUUUCUUAUGAAUCACCCUGAACCGUAUCCAUCCCUAUUCUUAGAAUUAUAGUUCUUUAUUGUUAAUAUUUGUUUUUUUCCUGUUUAUCAAAGGAUUGAUCCCAAGAAAGCCUCCAGCACUGAUACACAAAGAAAAUGUAACGACGUAGAACUUACAUUUUGUUAAUGCAAUGAUGACAUCAAUCAGCUUCUGGUCACAUAAUAGUUGAUGCCAAUUACUCUACACGACCAUGUGGUCGCGAAAAGAUCUGACCAGCGACAGUAACACUAUAUGCAAAUGUGAAUAAAUAGACAACUUGCAUGUUAGACAGAUUUUUGAUUUCGGCAAAAGAAAGUAAAUUCCCGUAAAGAACUUAUUAAAAUCAGCAAAAUUCCAAAAUUUGGGUUGCGAAAUGUUGUAAAAUGCAGAAAAUAUAGCCUUGCGAAGUUUGCAAUUUUCAGUCAUUUUGUAUUACGU